UGCUGUCUAGAUAGACAGCUCUCUAGUUUUGAGAGGCAACCAGAGUGUCUCUGUGCAGCUGUUUCAUUCGCACGACUCCCACACUUGUGAAAUAUCAGCGACUUGACUGAAUCUGUUUCAGUAUUGAAUUCAUCUUCACCUGAGCACAGUAGCACUUACCUGAACUAAGCGGGCCAGUAUGGGAGCAUCGUCCAGUCUUCUGGAUGAAAAUAAAUCCAACUACAUAAAAGGGCAAGUGGAUGUCAAAUUUCAGGAGUUUGCCCCGAUUUAUAAAAAACAAUAUUCUCUGGCCUUCCUGUCCCAGAUCCAAGAUGAACUGGAGCAACGCAAAGAAGAUCACACACAGCUCCUCAAACAAAGGAAGCCUCUAGAGGAGGGACAUGUGCUUUUUGAAGAGAAUGUGCUGUACUUUGAUGAGAGCAGGAAAUGGAAAAACAGAUUUGUUGUGGUGCGUGCCAGUUAUGUCAUCGAGUGCCACGAGAGCUACAAGACAUAUAUGAAAGGUGCGCCUGCACUUUACAGGGUCCUGCCUACAGGGGGCACAAUUCUGACUUCAAAAGAGAAGUACAUGGAAAUGGUGGACCAGUGUUGCCCUUGCACUAACAAUGUCCAGGAUGAUUUUGCACCCCCUGUGGUAGGCAUGCCAGGGCAGUUCCCAGUUUAUCUUAGACUUCCAUACCGUCAGGAUUCAUAUUUCUGUUUCCACAAUGAAGAACAGCUUGCUAAAUUCAACUGCAUCUUAUCUGAUUGUAUUCGCCACCAGAACAAAGACUUUCUCAAGAAGAGGACAUGUGAGGUUACAGCCUUCCUCAAAGCCCUUCAGUUCUAUAGGCAGGAAAAAGGCCAGUAUGAAUCAUGGGAUAUGCUCAUUGGCAGUGAUGUGCGGGCGCUUGCUAAUCUGUUGAUGGAGGACUUCAUGCCCUAUCUGGAGAAGGAACUGAUGCCAUGUCUGAAAUCCAAGAGGGCAGACAAGAGGAGAGUGUGGUUUGCGACGGUUGAGGCUGCUUAUUACUUGGUGCAAGACCAUCUGAUGGAGAAGCUGAAUGCACUGAAGGAGGAAUGCAAAGAGAUGGUACAACAGCAGGGGGUGCUCAUGCGCUCCAAUAUGGACCAGAUUACGAGCUCAAGAGCUUUCCUGGAGGGCAAACUCAGAGCCAUGGUAACUGAGCCAGCAACAAAGUAUAUCACAGAGCAUGUGCAGCCUUACUUGCCAGCCAUCCUGGAGGAAGUAAUGGUGCCCAUCAGCCUGGGCUUCACAGAGGCUCGGCAGUUGAGCGAGGGCAUGAUGGAGCAGCUGUGUCCGGACGCUGAGCAAAAGAUGGAACUCAUACAGGAUCUGUUGAGGAUGAGAAUGGCUAAUUUACAGAACUGUUAUGAGAAAGUCAGUGGACUGGCAGAUCACUUCCAAGAGCUGCAGCAAACCUUCAGCUAUUCCACCAGAGGUCUGGAGGACAGCACAGAAAUAGACAUACAACAGCUGAUGGAGAAUGUAGUGUACACCUUUGAGCUGCUCCUGCGAAAGGCUCUGGAGGACCCAUCUGUUAACUUUCCAUUGGCUGUGCAAAAGGCCAAACACAGGGUUCUGAAGCAAUUUGACUAUGACAGUUGCACAGUGAGGAAGAAGAUCUUUCAGGAUGCUUUGAUCAGUAUCACUCUACCAAGCGUAAAGGAACACUUGGCCCCAUCCUCCAAAGAGGAACUACCAAAAUUUGAGCAGUACAUAUUUGCUGAUUACUCCAACUUCAUCAGUGUGGAAAACGUGUACGAGGAUAUUCUCCAAAAGAUACUGGAAAAGGAUGUCAACAUGGUGGUCAAGGAGGCAGCCAGCAAAAAGAAGUACAACCUGUUCUCAGAGAGCAGAUACAAUUUCAGUCUGUCCAGCCUGUCUUUCACCCCGCCAGAAUCCACACCCAGCAGCCCGGGAUGCUUAAACACCCCAAAAAGUCUGCACACAGCCCUGCCACCCUCUCAUUUACUAACCAACGGCCUGGCAGCUAACAAAUCCUUCCCCAAUGAACUAGAGCCGAGGAUACAUGGGGUUGUUCAGCCACUUGAAAAGUCAAGUCCAAAGACUGAAAGUCAAGACCAGCCUAGUGCCACACUGAGCCAAGCUUUGCCUGCCGUGGAAAAAUGUUAUGCAGCUGAAAACACAACAAUCCUAGAGGAGAGUAUGGAUGAUGUAUUUGUGACAGAUGAAACAUUGAAACAUACAGCAACCUCCAUCUCCACAGACACUUCAGCAGAGACUAACCCAGAACUUAAAUCUACCACAACAAAAUUUUUAGCCACUGUUGCCCCUAUUGUGUACCCUGACCCUAACCCUUCUAGUUCAAAGGAAGGAGGUGAUGCAGCAGCUUUCUCAAACUUUGCUAAUGGACACACAGUAGUGAUCAGCCCUGUAUGCAUGAAAACCACAAACCCUACUUCCUCUUGCUCUGAUAGAGAGUGUGUGCUCACAACACCCAUUGCUGGAGAGGAGGACAGUAGCAGGGGUGCUGUAAAGAUAGUUGUCUUGUCAGAUGAUCCAGUCCCAAACAGAGAAGAAAUUAAUGAUGUUAGUGUGAUGGAAAACAAGUACCCAAUUGCAGCUGGUUUAUCUAUUGAAGAUGCAGAGACAAAUGUUUUUUAUACUGCUCAAGACAUCUCCAAAGAAUCAGACAACCAGCCAAUAAUAGAUCCAGGAAAAGACUCAGAUUCUCAAUCUUUAUCAGACCCAGAAGAUGAAGUCAGGCCCCUGGACUGUGUGAAGGCAAUUCGUGAUUUGGUAGAGGAGGUUAUUGAAAUAGAGGAGGUGGUUCUGCCUUGCAAAGUCAAUUGUGAAAUAGAGGAGGUGGUUCAGCCUUGCAAAGACAAUUGUGAAAAAGUUAGUGUUGACAUUUUAGAGGAACCAGAGGCUAUAGUUUAAGUCCAACCAAGGCUUAAUGGACUGUUCCAGGUUCAAAACUAUUUCAGUUCAAUCACGAGCAUUUGUAGCAUAAUGUUCAUUACCACAAAAAAUGUAUUCGACCUGUCCCUUAUUUAUAAAAAAAAAAAAAAAAAAAUCCACCAAUAGUGGAUUUUGCAGAUACGAUAACUAAGUUGGUAGAUGAGGCUGAUAACCGAUUAAUCGGCUGAUAGUUUUUAAAAUCGAUUCAUAGAAUGUUAUGUUUUCUUUUUCGGUUCUGACAUAGAGCAAAGUACAAAAUGAAUAAAAAGUUUAUUUUUCAACCAAAAUCCCCAAAAUAAUAAUAAAAGAAUUAGAUAAUGCAUAAUGUGGGACCUUUAACACUAAACAAGCCUGAAACACACAGGGGACUCUUAUUUUGAAAUGAUAUCUUUUAUAGCCUAGAUAUUAUUAUUAUUAUUCACAAUGUAUGAAAUUGGAGACAUGAUGUGCUGAUGAGGGAUGUUUCCAUAUAUUCACAUUUUUCUUUGCAUGCCCUCGCUCCAGUUUAAAAAAACAUUAAUAUCAGAGGAAUACGGGGGAUUAAAAAAAAUAUCUUCAACUAUUGGCAUAGAAUAACCGAUAGUUACAAAAACUUUCGGCACUGAUAAAUGGUCAAUCCAAUAUAUCAGUCUACCUCUAAUGUUGACAUGAUUUUAGUGCCAUAAAAUCAGGGAUUUACUGGCGUAAUUGUAAUUCUGAAUAUAACUUCACAUAGAUAAGAUUAGUAAGUGAUUGUAUCACACUGAAAUCUUGUUAACAUGUGUAGUGAUUGCGUCUUGUGGCUAAACUUUUUAAAUAGUAUUUUAACAUUUAUGGACUGGCCCCAUUCACUUCCAUAGUAAGUGCCUUACUGUAACUGCAAUUUAUUUAUUUAUUAAAGAUGUAGGACAUGUCGAGAUAAUUUUUUGUGGUAAUCUAAGUUAUGCCACAAAUGUUGUUGAAUGAGCUUGCAUGAAGUACAUUCUUUUAAGGCUCAACCAAUAUGUUUAUCUGACCAAUGGAAAACACAGGGAAUAUUUCAGAUUUCUUUUUUGUAUCCUACAGAAGUGACAAAAAGAAUUAUAGUUUAGAGACUGUAAUAUUAUGUUGUAUAAAAGUAGUUAGUAAGGACACAAUUGUUUCUCACUCUGAGGUACAU